AUGGGUUGGCCGAGAAACAGCAGCAGCCACUUCAACCCGGCCAAACCUUACGAUCCGCAAAUCGUCACCGGCACCGUGACGAUCCCCUUGAAUGUGGACGACAGCUUCUGGAUCAGCGGCAGAAUUGCCAAGCGCGCCAAUAACCAGUGGAAGGAGAACUACUUCGUGACGAACCGCUUCCCCAUGGGCUUUUGUUCCGCGGUGCGAUCGAACGUCCCCGAAGCAUACUCCAAAUUAUUCAAGCCCAAGAGCAUGACUGGGCUCUGCAGCAUUGCCAAGGGAUCGUACAGCAUGGACCACGAGCCUGUCCGUUACAGCCUGGCUAACUUCCCCACGUUACCGUACGGGACUUUCUUCAUGAGGCUCAAAGGACAGCAGCUGGUCAAAGGGGUCCCCGGCAACGAGUUCGAACUCGACGCCGAGUUUGACACGUGGCCGCGGCCUUAGCCCGGUCGUGACGCCGUGGCGCAGCCGAACGCGACCGGACUGCAGCAGUUGUAAACAGAAGCCACACAUUUUAUAAUCGUCGU